GUGAAUAUGAAGGUGUGCUUGCAAGUGCUUGUCUCUGUUAUUGCAAUCAGCUUGGCGAUUAAAUAUUCUGACGUUGAUGCCGCCGGUUUUAGGAAAAGUAGGGUUCUUACGGCCAAAAGUAGCCAUUCCCGGAAAAAUAUAAUAAACUGCUGCGGCCUUGGUACCUGCAGUGGAUAUUCCAAUAGAAAUGAAAACUUCACUGCACUGAAGAUUGCCACCACAAAAUCAUCAAAAGGGAUGUCGUCGAAAGCAAACACAGGCAAAGAUUUAACAACACCAAUUAAUGAAGAAACAACUGAAGUUGGAGUAUCAGAAACGACCGACUCAGUUGUUGAAACGACGGAACCCACCAAGAGUUUAGCGGAAAAUUUGAAUAGUUUGUCUGGUGCGCCUUUGGAAGUUUCAAUCACAGAUUCAACUUUAGGGACUUCAACUCCAUCACAACAACAAAAUAGCACAAAUAAUCAAAUUAGUCAACUGAUGAGUAGCACAACCGAAUCUUCGACGACGACAACAACAACUGCUUCAACUACAACUAAAGUUCCUGAGAUCUACCCCACCUGUGAAACAAAUAUCCAGUCUAAUAGCUCACUUUUUAAUUCAGACGGAUCUCUAAAUGAUCCUGAUGGUUACGGUUUUUGGAUUCAGUCCUGCGAGCAGCAAAUUUUAUUAGGGAAAAAGCUGGUUUCAUGGCAAGAAAAUUUGAUGAAAUGCCACCAAAUUGGAAUGGAGUCUUUGCUCUUUGACAAACCAAGCAAACUGGAAUGUUUCUCGAAAUCACUCAAUUCGUUCAACAUAACAAAAACUUUCUGGACAUCCGCUUUCAAAGAAAAUCCUAGUCAGGUGUCCUGGUGCUCAAAAGACGGAUCGAAAGGAGUAGAAAAAUCUAUCAUUCUUCCGGAAAUAACCGACGAGCAAAAAUGCUUCCAAUUCAACGCUAAUAACUCUCAGUUUUCCAACAAACUGUGUAACGACUCGUCAUAUUUUGCUUGUCAGGGUCCAACAACUCCUGCUCCUGCAUGUUCGGCGCCUGUUUGUCCAAAUGUGACUUGCGUGAAAAAUCAAACUCUUUUCACAACCGACACCAAUGGACAAUUUUUAAGCAAGCCACUUGUACACGGUACUUGGUACACAUAUCAAGGAAGACAAUUUCUUAUCAGUUUUAGCAACGUGACAAAGACGUUCAAAGAAGCGAUUCAAGCAUGUUGCGAGUUGGGAAUGAGCCUCCUCAGUCUCGAGUAUGAUUACAAGUACAAAUCAAUUUUAGCUACUGGCAAAGCGACAGCAUCUAUUGGAAAUUUUUGGACGUCUGGUUCUGACAUCGGUUGUGAGGGGAAGUACGGCUACUGCACUGCAAAGCGACUUUUGAGAAAAGAAGCAAUUUGGAUGCCUGGACAGCCAGACAACUUGGGCAAAAGUCAACACGCCUUGGCCGCUUACGUCAACGCCACUCACGUGCUUCUGUCCGACUUUGAUGAGAACGCUAAAUUAAGAUACAUUUGCGAGGCAAGAGAUUCCUCAAAUGCAUCAACUGGAGGCGCAGCGAUCAGAAGCGAGUGUGCAAUGGCGUACAACGUCAGUCAAGCCGAAAUUGAUGGUUUACUCGACUUGAAAUCUAUUGACCUGCGUAUAAAGUGUUUUAUGAAAUGUCUCGGGGAGAAUUCAGGCCUGUUCGUGAAUGGGAAGUUUGUGGAUGGCCAAGUGUUGGCUAUUUUGGAAAAAAUGGCUUCCGGAAAUUUGGACGAGUUGAAGAAAAACAUGAAUUCCAAGGAUGAGUGUGAACAAUCGACAACUGGAAUGGACGAGUGCGACAAAGCAGCACAAAUGAUUCAGUGCACAAAAGAAAAAGCCCCGGACGUUUUGAACAGCGUCAUUUCGGCCGUGGACAAUCAAACGCCAAUUGAAAAAGUAGAACUUCCGCCACCGGCUAUGUGUCCUGGCAUCGCAGCAGGCGUUGUAAAUGCUACUUUGAAGCAAAUGUUUGCUUCAGCUGGGCUCAACACGUCUAUACCUGGGGGCUACUUUACUGCAUGUUGUUGGGUCAGAUUUCUUGUUUCGGACUUUCAAAUGACUCUCGCAGACGCCUAUCCAUUUUGCAACACUUACGGACUCCGGCUGGCGACUCUUGACAAUUCAGGACUUAUAGGCUGCUUUAGAUCUACUUGUGUUGGACAAUACCAAGGUAUUAACAAGUGGACGUGGGUUGCCGCGACGAGGAAGGGCAGUCCGGACAAUCCACGGUGGUGCACGUCCUCGACACCAUUCAGUCUGAGCGGCUUCACAAAAUUGACGGAAAGUAACACGAGUUACAACGCUUUCGUCUUUAAAGGAAAUGUUUCCGAGUUGAAGACCUGGGACGAAACGAGCGUUGAAUACGCACUUUGCAGAAACGGCUAGCGAAUUGGAUGAAAUAAAUCUGAGAUUGUUUAAUUUUGUCAAUAAUUGGAGUGAAUAAAAUAAU